AUGGCUUCUUCCAGAGCUCCCCGAGUUGUGUCACGGACACUGGCUACCCUCACCCGGUCCGCCACGGAGACGACCUCCCGGACAGCGCCGCGAUGGACUCGCCCUCUUAGCACAGUCCGAACCCAGCUUCCUACCGCUACAUCCUCUUCCCGCCCUCGGGUACAACUCCGCGCCCGACCGGCGACCGCCCCAGGGCUCGCCGGCGUCGGCAGCGGCGUCCGAACCAUCUUCAUCCAGACCGAGGGCACGCCGAACCCCGACGCCCUCAAGUUCCUGCCAAACCACCGCGUCGUCCCCGAGGGCUUCUCUACACCCUUUAUCGAAUAUCUCAACCCCCGAGCGACCAUCUCGCCGCCGCACCCCUCACCCCUCGCCGCCAAGCUCAUGAACAUUGACGGAGUCACCUCCGUCUUCUACGGCGCUGACUUUAUCACUGUGACCAAGGCUGCCGAUGCCAAUUGGGCGCACAUCCGACCCGAGAUCUUUGCCCUCAUCACCGAGGCAAUUACAUCAGGCGAGACACUCGUUAACGUCGCUGAGCGUCGUGAGGGCGAGACCCAUCCCGAAGCUGAGGAGGACAGUCUGGCAUACAAUGAGGAUGACAGCGAGGUUGUCGGCAUGAUCAAGGAAUUGCUCGAGACGCGCAUCCGACCAGCCAUCCAGGAGGACGGCGGUGACAUUGAUUUCCGAGGUUUCGAUGACGAAGGAUAUGUGCACCUGAGGUUGCGAGGCGCAUGCCGCACAUGCGACUCCAGCACGGUUACUCUCAAGAACGGUAUUGAGGGCAUGCUAAUGCAUUAUAUUGAAGAGGUCAAGGGCGUGAAGCAAGUGCUGGAUCAAGAGGAGGAGAUUGCUCUCAAGGAGUUUGAAAAGUUCGAGGAAAAGCUGAAGCAGCAAAAGGGACAGGGACAGGUGGCUUCGGCAGCAUAG